UCCACUGUUGCGUUUUUUUUCCGUGCGUACAUCCAUAGAUAAAAACGCACGGAUUUUUAAUCUCCAGUGCUGCGUUUUGCGUUGUGCAUAAAUUUAAUGCGUGCUGCAAUUCAAAAUGGCGUCGAAAGAGGAGCGAAAAUUAGCAAUUCUACUUUUGCUUCGCCAAAGACGAAAACGAAGGAAUAAAUACAAAAAAAGGUUUUGGAUUAAAGAUAUUUUAAAACGGCGAAAAGAACUGGGGGAAUACCAUCGGCUCAUUCAAGAAAUGCGGUUAAAUGAUCCUGAAUCAUUUUAUCAAUACUUUCGGAUGACCCCUUCGCGGUUUGAUUUACUUCUUGGUCUGGUUGGGCCAUACUUGAAAAAGAAUUCCUUAUACCGCGAGCCUGUGAGUCCUGAAGAACGCCUCGCUGUUACUCUUCGCUUUUUAGCAACAGGCGAUUCUCAACAAAGCAUAGCAUUCAGUUUUCGACUUGGCCAUGCUACUGUGACCAAAAUCGUAGAGGAGUCUUCCGAAGCUUUGUGGUCUGCGUUGCAACCGUUUCUCAAGCCUCCAACGACAACAAGCGAAUGGAAAAAUAUCGCAACAGAUUUUUGGCAGUUGUGGAACUUCCCAAUGUGUUGCGGAGCCAUUGAUGGCAAACAUGUAGUCAUGCAAUGUCCCCCUCGUGCUGGUUCGUCAUUUUUUUAACUAUAAAGGAACACAUAGCAUUGUUCUGUUGGCAGUUUGUGAUGCUAGGUACUUGUUUACUCUAGUGGAAAUUGGCAGCUCAGGCAG